CACCAACAAUAAUCUGAUAAUCUCAUACUACUGAAUUAGUUUCCUGACAACAAUUAGUUGACGAUUUCGCGAAAAAGCCACAGCUGAGGCGGAGGAGAGAGUAGAGACAGAAGUACAAAUUUGGCGUUCUGCCUUUUGAGGUGGUUAAUAAGCAGCUGGGAAAAAAACUGGACCCCAGCAUGAAUUUUUCCUUUCCUCCAGUCCAACCACAUCUGCAUCUGCGGGCUUCCAUUAUUUCAUCCAAUCUGAAAUCCGCAUUCCACUUCUGCCCAGGAAUUCGUAACUGUCCAAGGAGUCUCCAGCAUUUCAUACGGAUUGCAAUUGACUUGAAACUCUCGAAUUUUAAACUGGAAUCUUUUGCCGCAAAAAUAAUAAUCCCUGAACUUUCUUCUUCGUUUUAGCUCAUUUGGUCAACUUCCAUUCCAGAUUUCCAUUUCUGAUGCCAGGAACUGUCCAAGUUUCAGUUAUGGAAUUCAAGGGCCUUCCUUCAACAUGCUUGAAGCUUUCCCUGGGGAAAAGAGAGUAUCUAACUUCAGAUACAGGGGACUUCUUAUUCCCAUUGACAACUCUUCACGACAAUUUGGUUGUUAGGCUUCUGGAUGCUGAGGGAAAUGAAAUAGCUCUCACAGGCAUUCAGACAAUGUCGAUUGUUGAAAAGGUUUCUUGGGAUGAAAAAUUUCCUCUUGAUGGAGGUGGGCAUGUGCACUUGAAGUUACAGUUUGUUCUCAAUCAAGAAGAGCGAAAUCGCAUCCGCUUAAAGAGAGAAGCAGCAGUGAAAAAGAAACAAGAGAGUUUCUCCUACAUUAGCAAUGAAAAUCCAGAAAUUGCAACUUCAUUUGGUGGUUCUGUCACUUUGCCCCCCCAGGCCGAGCAGCAGGUCUCAGAGAAUUUUGUUGAUGAUAUGACUGCUAUGCCUUCUGAAGAAUCACAAACAAGAAAUGUUCCCAAAGUUGUGACCCUUAAUAAUGUUACAGUGCUAGCCAGUCUAUCGCCAAAUACUGAUGUUUCCCCUGCUGGUUUACAAUCUAAUUAUCAAAGGGAAGAAGUAAACCUCCUCCAAGUAAACCCAAAGGCUAUGGAUAAAAGAGCAGGGACAUUCACUGCUCCUAAGAUUCAUGGAACUGAAGCUCACCAGAUUGCAUCUGAAGAGGAGCCUGACACUCAGCCAUCAGUGCCUAAAGUUGAUGUAAAUCUGGUUUUUGGCAAAGAACAGUCAUCUGAUUCCAUAAACACUGAAUUAGAUUUUUUACAAAAGAGCAGUUCGGCUUCUAUUAGGCUGGAGGAUGAUGAUGUCGGUAAAUCUCCGAAACGAGGUCCAUUGGAGAAAACACCUAGCAAUGUGAGAAAGUUAGUUAGUGCUUUUGAAAGUAGUCUGCCUAAGCAGGAUGUGAAAUCAUCUGUAAAAGCACCAACUGUCAGAUCUGAACCGAAAAAUGUUGGGAAGGGAGGUCAUUUGAAGGACUGUGGCCCAAAGGAUGUCACUGAACCAACAGAAACAACUUCAGGAAGGAACAAUAAUCCAUUUGUUGCAGGGGACAUGAAACCGACCCUGGCUACUUCUGAUGAAAGGGAAGAGCCUUUUGGAUCUGGCAAAAGUUCUGUUAGCAACAUAUGGAGUAAGGUGAUAGAGACAUCAGAGCGUGAAUUAGUGGCAGCCAUUAGACCAGUAGAAAAAGAAAUGAGUACAAUUGAAUGGAUGGAAUCAUGUGCACAGUUAGAGAGAUCAUCAACUACUGAAAAAGCUAGUACAUCUGGUAGAAUGCAUACUGACCAUUCUGAAAGAGCUUUCUCAUUUCGGUUGUCUGCUGAGAAACAGCACUCUUCUGCCACUUCAUAUGCAGAAGGAAAAGGAAGAACCGAUUCCACAAAAACUGAUUUUCUAGUGGCUUCUAUAAAGAAAUCAAAAUCAGUAAAAUAUUGUGAGGAGGAGAAUUUUAAUUCUGAAAAUUCUGGCAUGUGGAUAUUCCCAAAUGACACAAAACACUUGUGUAUCACAACUGCAGGUAAGAGAGUAAUGAAUUUGUUAGGAACUGGUGCUACUGAAGCCAAACUCCAUCAAAAGAAGAACAGUUCCUCUUCAUCUGGCGAUACGAGGAAGCAUGGAUCUGACUAUGAGAUGAAAAAGCGUGAGAAAGAAUCUCAGAGUCCUAGAAUAUCAAGGUCGGAGAGCUCCUCAAAUGAUGCCUCUGGUGGACUUGUUGGACAGAAGUUUAUCUUUCUGAAGUACUUCUUGACCCAGUCCUUUGCAUGGUGCAACAUACACUAUCAAUACCUUAUGGAUUUUGAUCUGACACUCCAGAACAUGGUGAUAAAGAUUGCAAUCAUCGUGGGCUUUGGAAUACUUGUUUUCUUUACUAGACAGCGAGAGCCCAGAAAGAGCAAAAGAGACACAAAUGAUCCUUUCUUCACAAGUUCAGAGUACAUGGAUGAACAUACAACUACAGCAGAACAAGUAGACUGACAGCAGACCAAAGAGUUGGAUAUAACACUGACUUGCUAAUUGCGUAUCGUCAUAGAUCAUACUAACUUUGACCGGGCUCUCUAGUCGCAGACAAAAGCAAAGGAGGUUGGAUCUCAGAAGCAUUCGUCGCCCUACGUGUGUUGCCUAUGUCUUUUGCAGAUUCUGGAGUCCUUUUCUUGAUUAGUAUGUAUACGGGUAGAUAGUCUGAGAGACGUCCACAUAGCUUAUACGUGCAAGACAUUUUCAUGUCCCUGCUUCACGUUUCCAUCUUAAUUACAUUGGCAUCAAAGCUGAAUGAAGUUUAGACAUUAAUUGCAGACUGGGGAAGCAACUUUGGCUUCUGCACACUAAA